UUCAAAACUUAAAACCAACCUUCUUCUCCGGCUCUCUGUUUUUCUCUGUUUUUACUCAUAGAAAUCACGAAAGAAAAGCUAUAUAUUCAAAGAAGAAGAGAUCAAAGAGAGGAAAAAUCACAACCCAUUUAUCUUUUUUCUGCAGCGAUUAGAUUAGAGUGAAAAUUUACAUGGAUGACAAGUGGAAGCCGUCGAAGAAGGAAGCUUCAAGUAGCUACCAUUACUCUGCAUCAUCAUCAUCUUCUUCUUCUUCUUCUUCCAAGUCUGUUUUCACAAGGAGUUUUUCGACAAAGAGUUCUUCAAAAUCCCCACUCCUCAUUAAAAGUUCUUCCACAAAAUGCUCCUCGUCUUCUUCUUCUUCGUCUUCAAAGUGUCCGCUACCUAGAAGCUAUUCCCAGAAAGGUUCCUCCAUUACAAGAAAAUGCAGCAGCUUGGCCAAGGAACAGAAGGCAAGAUUUUACAUCAUGAGGCGCUGUGUUGCCAUGCUUGUUUGCUGGCAUAAACAUGGAGAUUCUUGAAGAAAUGGGUCGAAAAGAGCAGAAUCGAAGAAACUAAAUCUGGAUGAGGCUGGGGAUGAUGGAUGAAUUAAACUAGAGAUGAGUUCAGUGUAUAAAAUCUUUAGAUUAGAAGGUUAAUUAAAAUGGGUUAUUUUGAAUCUUAAUCUUGGUAUUCUCUACUAAUUAAUCCUCAUAAUACAUGAAGAAGCCAGAUAAAGAUUUGGGUAAAUUUAAUCCUGUUCCAGUGUCCUUUUUUUUUUCAUCCUUUGGCUGUUUUUCUUUUAGUAGUACAGUACAGUCAAUGUUUUCUAUCAGUAUUGCCACCAAC